UGACCCCUACUGGGAGCGACCCUCUAAUGCAGGCAGCUGCUCCGCCGCCAGGCCCAAGACGCUUCACCUGGCCGGGCAGCAGCAGCACACCUCCUCACCAUGGCUGCAGGCUCUGAGGAAGGAGAAGUCACGUGACGCGGCGCGGUCGCGGCGGGGGAAGGAGAACUUUGAGUUUUACGAGCUGGCGAAGAUGCUGCCGCUGCCGGGCGCCAUCACCUCGCAGCUGGACAAAGCCUCCAUCAUCCGGCUCACCAUCAGCUACCUGAAGAUGAGAGACUUCGCCAACGGGGGAGACCCGCCGUGGAACCUGCGCAUGGAGGGAGCCCCGCCCAACACCUCCGUCAAAGCUAUAGGUAACCCGCGAAGGAGGAUUCCCCCCGCCGUCGCCUCAGAUGUCUUCGAACCUCACCUGGGCAGCCACAUUUUACAGUCUCUGGACGGGUUUGUCUUUGCAGUAAACAAAGACGGACGCUUCCUCUACAUCUCUGAGACCGUCUCCAUCUACCUGGGACUGUCACAGGUGGAGCUAACAGGCAGCAGUGUGUUUGACUACAUCCACCCUGGAGAUCACGCGGAGACGGCAGAUCAGCUCGGCAUGAAGCUUCCUCCGGGCCGAGGCUUGUCUCUUUCCCAGGGAAACGUCAACGAGGACGGGGCCUCAUCGGCUUCAUCCUCGUCCCACUCUGAGACGCCUGAACCAGUGGAGUCCAGCAGUCCCUCUCUCCUGGCCCCCGACAAACAUCUGGAGCGAUCGUUCUUCAUCAGGAUGAAGUCCACGCUCACAAAGAGAGGAGUGCACAUCAAGUCCUCAGGAUUCAAGGUGAUCCACGUGACGGGGCGUCUCCGGAUCAGGAUGGCGUUGACGCACAGUCGCUCGGUGCCGGUUCAGAUUUUGGGGUUGGUGGUGGUGGCCCACGCUCUGCCCCCCCCCACCAUCAACGAGGUGCGAAUCGACUGUCAGAUGUUCGUCACCCGAGUCAACCUCGACCUGAAGAUCAUCUACUGCGAGAACAGGAUCAGCGACUACAUGGACCUGACUGCAGUGGACAUUGUGGGGAAAAGGUGUUACCAGUUAAUUCAUGCUGAGGACGUGGAGGGAAUCAGAGAGUGUCAUCUGGACCUGAUAAACAAGGGUCAGUGUGUGACAAAGUACUACCGGUGGAUCCAGAAGAACAGCGGCUACAUCUGGAUCCAGUCUGCUGCGACGCUCACCAUCAACACCAAGAACGGCAACGAGAAGAACGUCAUCUGGGUCAACUACGUCCUGAGUAAUCAUGAGUAUAAAGACUUCCCCAUGGACAUCUUCCAGCUGCCCAACCUGCCCGAGAAAACCUCCGAGUCCUCCGAAUCCUCCGACUCCGAGUCCGAGUCUAAAGAAAACUCUGAUAACGAGAACGCCAAGUCAGAAGGGAAGCCGAGCCUCCAAUCAGAGCGCGAGGAUCCCGAGACGGACAGCAAGCGUCAGCAGCAACCCGGCCAAUCACACUGCUCCUCAGACCAGGAAAUGAAGCGUCAAGAGGAAGGAGACAGUUCGAGUAAUCCUGAGAGUCAAGACAGCGACGACAGUCUUGAACCUUCAGAUGUAGAGAGGGAGGAACAGGAAGAAGCAAAUGGAGGAGGUGGAGGGGGAGGAGGAGGAGGAGGAGGGGGAGGAAAUGGAGGAGGAAGAAUUGGGAGAUUAACAGGAUUAGUUGGGUUAGGAGGAUUGGGUGCCAUUGGAGGACUUGGUACUCUGGGUGGGCUUCAUAUUAAAGUAGAGCGCUACGGAGAGGGAGAAGAUGCUCAGCUGCACAACUCACAAACUUCUUCAGAGGAGGAGGAGGAGGAAGAGGAUGAUGACGACGAUGAGGAGGAAGAAGUCUUGCAAGAUUGCGACAGCGCCAACGCCGGAAACAGGCUCCAGAAGAGGAGGAAAAGGAGGAAAGUGCAGAAAUGGGAUGGACCCCGAAGCAAGAGGCUCCGUCUCUCCUCAAUGUCGCCUAGUCCCAACGAUUUAGGAGAUACUACGCCACUCGUUGACCAAUCCCAGACCUCCUCAUCUGCUAACUCCUCCCACCUCCUCACCUCCGCUGGAUCCCCAACGAGUGCGUCGUCCUCAGUCCUGAAGAUCAAGACGGAAAUGGCCGAGCCGAUCAACUUCGACAACGACAGCAGCAUCUGGAACUUCCCGCCCAACAGAGAGAUCUCUAGAAACGAGUCUCCGUACAGCAUGACCUCCAAACCGGCCCCUCCCUCUUCCCACGAGAGCUUCCCCUCACCCCAGGGAGGCAUUCCCGAGUCCGUCCUCACCCCUCCUGGAAACGAUGGAGGGUCCGGAGGAGGAGGGAGGAAGCCUCCUUACAACGGGAACUCUUCAUCUUCUUCCAGCUUAGCUCCUCCAUCCAGCGCCUCCUCCUCCGACCCUCUAUCGCCUCCUCUUUCCGCUUCACCUCGGGAUAAACAACAACAACAACAAGGCACUCCGACAACCUCUUCUUCCUCAUCUUCUUCCUCCAUAACCUCGUCCUCCUCGCUGCUGUACUCUGGUGAUCUCGAGGCGUUACAGCGUCUACAAGCCGGUAACGUCGUGCUCCCGUUGGUCCACAGGGUCACGGGAACGCUUGCCUCGACGAGCACCACUUCUCCACGAGUUUACACCACCGGGACCAUCAGAUACGCACCCGCGGACGUAACCUUGGCCAUGGCUCAAGGCAACCUCCUCCCAAAUGCUGCCAUGAACUUUGGCGACGGCUCCGGCUUUGGUUUGGACCCUAAAACGCCGAUGGAGAUGCUUUACCACCACGUGCACCGGCUCAAUAUGUCGGCAGCAGCGGCCGCCGGUGGUCCGUUUCUCGGAUCUCCAACAUCCACGGUGGGAAACGGCGCUCUUGGAGGCCAGAUGCCGACGGCAGCCAACGUGUUCACGACGGCGGAGGGACUUUUCUCAACUCUACCGUUCCCAGUGUACAGUAAUGGGAUCCACACCACACAGACAACUCUGGAGAGGAAGGAGGAUUAGUGAGAGGCGUUCGAGACCGCAUUACUGUGUUUCUGGAAUCAAAGUUAAAGACUACUCACUAGUAACAAAACAAAAAAAAGACUUGCGUUUUAUCAACACAGCACUGUGUUCCCGAGGGGAGGAAGGACAGGGAAGGAUGGCAGAUGUACUCUAGCACUUUGAAUCUGAGCAACUGAGCUUGUGUAAUAGACAUGAAUGACACUCAAACAUGUCCCCCUUUUCUAUCUUUCUCCUCUCUCCCCUUCCUCUGUCUUUGUGCGAUCAGCAGCGUUUUUUGCUCUUGAACAAAGACUAUUCUUUAUUGUAAAGAAUUUCUUUUUUUGCCUACAGAGAAUUCAUAUUGCCUAAGGACUCCGCCGGAGCCUGACGGGGAUCACUUUUAUUAUUUCUCUUGUUUCUGUAGCGUCUUUAUGAAGAUGCUGAUUGUGUGUAUUUAAAGGAGGA